GCGCGCUGUGAAAGUAAAGCCGGGAGGAGGUCGAGGUAUGGGAGCUGCUGUUGCGGAGGGUGAAUCCCGGGACGCAAGGUGUCGUCGGGUUAGAGCCUGGAAGCAAAGGAAGUUGCCUGACCCCGGGGUUGUGCGGGGAGGGAGGAUCAAUCACCCCCAGCCUACCCCAGGCGGGUUGGACUCGGCAUUCACUGAUCAAGAAGGCAGCCCCAAGGCAAGGUCUCCUUAAGUGGGGAGGACACCCCGGCCGCUCCGCCAAGGCCUUGUGCGCUCGUGUGGCCAGACUGUGAGCCUCUGGGGAGACGCAAGCCAGCGGAAGGAAAGAAAGGGACGCCAGUGAUCAAAGCCACAUAAUGUCAGUAGUUCGUUCAUCCGUCCAUGCCAAAUGGAUCGUGGGGAAGGUGAUUGGGACAGCAAUGCAAAAAACAGCUAAAGUGAGGGUGACCAGGCUUGUUUUGGAUCCCUACUUAUUAAAGUAUUUUAAUAAACGAAAAACCUACUUUGCUCAUGAUGCUCUUCAGCAGUGCACAGUUGGGGAUAUCGUGCUUCUCAAAGCUCUACCUGUCCCACGAACAAAGCAUGUGAAACAUGAACUGGCCGAGAUCGUUUUCAAAGUUGGACAAGUCAUAGAUCCAGUGACCGGAAAACCCUGUGCAGGAACUACCUACCUGGAAAGCCCAGUCAGCUUGGAAACUACCCACUUAACCAAAAAUCUGGAAGAACUGAAUAGCUCUUUAGCACAGUGAAGGACGAUUGGAAGGAGACAAAGGGAAAGAUUUAUAAGUUUGCUUUACAGAAAAAGAAAUUUUUCUAAAUUUCAUUACAAACUGUCCAAUUUCUCUUCUGGUAUUUAUGGAAUAGCUAAAAGUAAAUGAAGUAAAGGCCUUGUUAAAAUUUUUCAUGAGUGUAAGGUCAUGUUUGAAAUUUCCUUUUCAUUGGACAUACUUUCCUCUUACAGGAAGUGUACCUAGUAAUCCCCUGCAUUGUUUUGUAAGCUCACUUUUUUAGGUGUAUCUUUUUUUUUUUUUUUUUUUUUCAUUCAAAGGAAUCUUGAAUUUAUCUUAGAACCCUUAUUUGGGGAGGAAAAUACCUUUUGAUAUCUUAAAACAGAAGACUGCAUUAAGUGAAUAUUUAUUUUUGGUGGUAUAUAUUUGAAACUAAUUUGAAAUUUUUCUUUUUGUUUUUUUUUUUGUUUUUUUGUUUUUAAUGUUUAUUACUUUUGAGAGAGAAAGACAGAGAGCAAGCAGGAGAGGGGCAGAGAGAGGGAGACACAGAAUCCAAAGCAGGCUCCAUGCUGUGAGCUGCCAGCACAGAGCGUGACCUGGGGCUUGAACUCAUGAAUGGUGAGAUCAUGACCUGAGCUGAAGUUGGCUGCUUAACCAACUGAGCCAUCCCAGUGCCCCUGAAAUUAUUUCUUUGAUUUAACCAAUUACAAAUGGAAAUAAUCAGCAGUCUGGUUGAGGUCAGACCUUAUAAUAAGAAUGUCGACACAUAGAAAAUAAAACUUGAAAAUUCUGUGUCA